AUGAGUCAGAAGAGAGUCAACACUUCACCUCUGUUCCAGAGUCCGAUCGAUAUUCGUGCAUCCGACGUUGACUACGCACUCCUUCAUCAGAUGCAAUUCGUACAUUACGACCAUUCUGGUACCGUGAACGUGAUCAACAACGGUCAUACAGUUGCUGUUGAUGGUUUUGAUGAGUGGGGCUCUGAACAGCCAUUCAUACAAGGUGGCGGUCUAAAACAUCAUGUUACCUUCUUGAACAGUUCCAUUUCCACUGGGCUCAAUACGAUCACCAAGGAUCGGAGCACAAAAUUGGAGGAUUGCACUAUCCUGCAGAGGUAUGUACUUGGACCUGGAUACACAGUAUACAUUCAUCCUAUUCAGCUUCAUCUGGUACACGUUCGUCAGGGUAUCGAGCUGCAGGAAGCGCUCAAGAGACCAGAUGGCAUAGCUGUUGUCGGAGUUUUUCUCGUUAUCGGGCACGAUGAUGCCCCACUGUCCUCUCUAUCGCCUGUAUUGGGAAAUGUCACGCAUUACGGCAAUGAAACCGUCGUGCAGGGUUUCCGUCUUCGUCCACUUCUUCCAGCGCACACUGAGGCGUUUUACCGUUACGAGGGAAGCCUUACUACACCCAAUUGCGAUGAGGCAGUCAUUUGGACCGUUCUUGCAGAACCGAUCACAAUAACACUAUCACAGGUCAGUACAAUAGGGCUUAUAAAAGACUUUGAAAAUAAAAAAAACCUUAGCUAA